GUUGUUUUUGAUUGGUUUUACACAAUUUUAUUAUAAUUCUUAUAAGGAAUUGUAUAAUUGCAAAAUUUGCCGUAAAUGUACCGAAAUCGAUUUUACACAACACUAGCCCUGGAAUAUAAACCAAUCAGCUGUUUUCCGAGAGCGAAAUUUGAGCUUUGUUUAUGUUGCAAAUAAUUGGUUUCUGCAAUAAGGAAAAUAAAAUAACAAUGAGUUUUAGUAUAGUUCAGCUUAAUUGUAAUUAAUUUAUAUGUACAUAUACAGAUGUACACAGCAAGUGAUAAAGAACGCAAGAAAAUUUGCAAUUAUUUACUUACAGGCAAGCGACUGUAAAUUCGAUUAAAAUCCACUACACCAAGUUGGACAUAAAUUCUAAUACAAGCUUAAUUUAAGCGCGGUGAUUUUGUGUUUGCUGAAUUCUUGUUUUAUAAUUAACUCAUGUACAUUUGUGCGCUGAUAUAAUGAAAGCAAAGCCAACGCUUUGCCUCGGAUAUACGCUGGCGCAAUGCGAUAAGGGUUUGAUUAAGCGUGCCUGUUACAUUAGUAAGCAUUUAUUAUUUAUACAUAAAUGAUUUGGCAAUGCACUUGGGCUGAGACGCAUAUGAGUAAAAGAAAACAUUUGUGUACCUACAUACAACUGGAAUUUUUGUAAAAUUUGCCAAAAAUAAUAAAAAUACAAAUUUACAAGCAAAAACAAAAAAAAAAAAAUGAGUUACUGGUGGCCCUUUAGAAGCAGAUAUUUGCCGCUGACGUUUGGAAAGCGUGCGCUGCUGCUGUUUAUAUUCCUGAGCUGCUUAACUAUGAUAUGGUACUUUGGGUGUAAUAGAUAUCCUCUAUGCAAGCGUGAUAAGCUUGCACGCACUGAUGGCAACACGCCAUGCAUUGUGCUUUGGUGGACUAAUAUUGGUGCUGAAAAAAUUACUUUCGAUGAUAUUCUAUGUGGCUACAAUACAUGCGCCGUCACCAGCAAUCGCAAAUACUUGCCGCAGGCGAAGGCUAUACUCUUUUAUGCGAGUUCACUCAAUUGGCACGACUUACCAUUGCGACGUCAGCCCGAUCAAAUUUGGGCUUUACUGCAUGAAGAAUCACCACGCAACGUUUUGGAAUUUUUGUUUGAGGAAACGUUGCAACAUUUCAAUUACACAUCAACUUUUAGUCGCUACAGUGAUUUUCCGUUAACCAUAAAUGCACUACCCAAUAUAACCGAAAUAACCAAUCCAAAAUAUGUGGUGACAAUUGGUCGCAAAAAUGUUGCACGCAAUAAUUUAGCGCCUAUACUAUUUCUACAAUCGGAUUGUUCCACAAUGUCGGCGCGCACAAAUUAUGUAGAGGAGCUAAUGCAGUACGUUUCAAUCGACUCGUAUGGCAGUUGUUUAAAUAAUCGACAAAUGCCGGAGCGUUUACAAAACGAUUUCUUAAACAAACUAUAUUCCGAGGACAUGUAUCGCUUUAUCGGACAGUAUAAAUUUAUGAUCAGUAUUGAAAAUGGUGUCUGUGAAGACUAUAUAACUGAAAAGUAUUGGCGUCCGCUGAUUGCCGGCACUGUACCCAUUUACUUUGGUUCACCAUCGAUACGCGAUUGGGAGCCCCACAAUCACUCAACUAUCUAUAUAAGCGACUAUCAGAGUCCCAAAGAACUGGCUAAAUAUAUACUGGAAUUGGAUAGUAAUGACAGUGAAUAUGUUAAAUACUUGCAACAUAAGUACAAUCAAAUUAUGCCCAUCACUAAUCAACGCUUAAUCGAAGAAUUCUACGUGCGCACCGAAGAUGCGAUGUUUUUCACCAAAUUCGCUUGUCAAGUGGUGCAAGCUUUAUGGGCGCAAAAUGCCAAAACGAAAAUGGCCAAUCGUUUGCACUAUAAUUGCCCGCUGCCACUACCAUAUCCAGCAAUGGAAAGACCUCCCACUGAAAUACACUCCUGGAACAGUCUUAUAAAGCGCGCGCAUUGCAUGGCGAAGAGCAUAGACGAGUUUUUGCACAUAAAUCGCGUAUUUACCGAAAGAGAAUUGCACGAUUUGACGGAUGCGAAAUUUGAAAACGAAUUGUGCUAGUGAUGAGUGUGGGUAAUGUGGGUUUUUGUGGCAAUUUGAUUGCGUGAGGUCACGGAGGUAUGCAACAUUUUGUGAUGAAACAUGAAAAGCGCUGUAGAUGAAGCCAAAAAUUAAAUUUAUGUAAAUUAAAAUUAGUUCGGAAGUAUAUAUGGGCAAAUAAAUGCAAUAAAUGUAUGUAUAGAUGUGUGUAUAUGUGUUUAUAUACAUGACAAUGUUGUUGUAAAUACUUUUAUUUGUUAUUGAUAAGUAAACUAAUUCUUAUAUAAUAUUUUAUAUAUAUAAUUUAACUUAAAAGACAACAAAACCAAAAUAUACCACACAUCUAUGUACAUAAAUAUAUGCAAACAAUUUUUACAUGAAAUUAUAACUGUUAUUAUAGCCU